AUGGAUGUAUGGCCUCAGCUUUCACAGCCUUCCAUGUGGACUCCCCAAGGGAGUGUUUCAGUUUCUGAGCCACAAGCUGGAACCCUGAAAGGACAAGGAAGAAGGAGAAAAGUCAAGAGACUGAGCCUCCUGAUGGAGACUGCACAUUGGGACAAUGUGAGUGAGCCUUGGCAGGAGGCAGGCAGCAGGCCCUGGAACCACUCCUCCACUGUCAGCUUUAUCCUCACAAGCCUUUUUAAUGAGAGCCCGAUGGACCUGUUCCUCUUCAGCAUGGUUGUGAUAAUCUACACACUAGCCAUGGCUGGCAACACUGCCAUGGUCUUCCUGAUCUGGGCUGAUACCCAGCUCCACACACCCAUGUAUUUCCUCCUCGGCCAGCUGUCCUUCCUAGACAUCUUCUUCACCUCAGUCACCGUCCCCAAGAUGAUAGCAGGCUUCCUCUUUGGCUGGACUAGCAUCUCAUUUGUGGGCUGUGGGGCACAAAUGUUUUUCUUCAUGUUUCUUGGGGCUGCUGAGUGCCUCCUGCUGGCCCUCAUGGCCUAUGAUCGCUAUGUGGCCAUCUGCAACCCUCUGCGCUACCUGUCACUCAUGAACCAUCAGACCUGUCUGCUCAUGGUGGCCACCUCCUGGCUGGGAGGGUCCAUCAAUGCCUCCAUCCAGACAGCACUGACCCUGCAGUUCCCCUAUUGUGACUCAAGGAGGAUUGCACACUUUUUCUGCGAGGUGCCUUCACUGCUGAGACUAGCCUGUGCUGACACAGCAGCCUAUGAGCGAUUGCUCUUUGUAACAGGUGUUGUGGUCCUUCUGGUGCCCAUUGUCUUCAUCACCACCUCCUAUGCCCUCAUUCUGGCAGCAGUGCUUGGGAUGCACUCCGUGGAGGGGCGUCAGAAGGCCCUAGCCACCUGCUCCUCCCACUUAACAGUUGUCAACCUCUUCUAUGGGCCCCUCGUGUAUACCUAUAUGUUACCUGCAUCUUACCACUCUCCUGGCCAGGAUGACGUAGUGUCCAUCUUUUAUACAGUCCUCACACCCAUGCUGAACCCUGUCAUCUACAGUCUCAGGAACAAGGAAGUGACAGGAGCAAUGAAGAAGGUCAUAGGGAAGUGUGGGGUGGGGAGGACUGCUUAA